CUGGCAGCGCGCGGAUGGGAAGUCCCGUCCCCGCCGUGGGCCUCCAAGGUCUGUGGCUUUCGCAGUGUACAGCCAUGCGUCCUGACCAGGCCUCGUUGUGGUACCGACGGAUGUCUAUGGUUUACGCGAUCGGCGUCUGGUCUCUGCUGGGAUCCUUGUUUCUUCUUAAUAAGAGAGAGAAGGAAUCAGGGGAUGAAGUGGAAAAAAAGGAUGAUCCCGCAAAUGAAGUACUUGUCACCACAUCUGAAAUACAUGAGCCCCUGAAAGGGUUGUAUGUGGAAACCAUUGUCACAUACAGAAAAGAUUAUGUUCCAUUGUCUGAGAAGAUCCACAACUACUUGAAAUCAUGGACUGGUGGGUCUGGCCCAGAAUCAUGACUGCCUGCUGAACUCUGAAAACAAGGUCUUUGGCUCAGCAUUUAAAUUUGAUUUCUAUUUUAUGUUUGUGAAAAGUAUAUAUUUAAUUUUAUUGUAGAAUAUCAUCAUUUAUAAUAUACAAUAAACUAAACACAAUCUGG